AAAAACGGGGCCUCGAGUCGCAUCAUGAAAACAUUUAAUUUGCUCUUUGAGAGAAAAAUAUGGAAAAUGAUAGUGUAAAGCUGAAGUUGGUGUAAGUAAAGAAAUGGAAAAGAAGAGCUGUUGAGAAUGUGCUGAGAGCUUGAAUUUUUUUUUCGACGGAGAGAUCUAUCUUUUCCUGCGAUAUAAUUGUGUUAAGUUGAAAGCGGAAUAAGAUAUUUUUUGUAGUCAUGAGUAUUGCGGUGUCAGUUACAGUGUUUGAUUUACGCACAUAUUCAUCAAAAUAUGGCUUUUCACGGAGCUGGCAUUAAUUUAAACUGUAGUGCUACUAAUGAGACAGGCAAUGAAACUCAUAUAGUGGAAGACUUGUCUAUAAUUCCACUUGAAAAAGACAGUUUUGCGAUAUGUGAGUUAUGUGGAAGAGUUGGACGUCGUGAUAAUUUUUAUUCGAAGAACAAUAAAUUUUGUACUUUGCGAUGUCAUGCUAGUUCUAGUAGGCGUAGAUAUUGUAACUGGAGUUUUAAGGUUAUGGAAAGUACUGAGCAUAUGGCUGGCCUGAUACCACUGGAGCCACUGCCACAACUACAACAUUGGCAAGUGGCAUUGAAUGAUUUGCAGGCUGGACCAUUAAAACAUGCUGCCACAUUAGUUGCCAAUAGUUAUGAAUGGAAAGAUGAGCUAUUUGGUUGCGAUUUCCUUGCUGCACCUGUAAGUCUGUUCAAGCAUGCGCCUCUACAUGAAAUGUGGGAUAGCACAUUUGAAGGCAUGAAGGUUGAAGUUAAAAACACAGACUGUGAGAAUAAUUCUGAAAAACUUAAUGAUUACUUUUGGGUAGCUACUGUAUUAAAAGUCAAAGGUUAUAUGGGACUACUGCGUUAUGAAGGUUUUGGUAGUGAUGAUACCAAAGAUUUUUGGGUGAAUUUGUGUUGUUCAGAGGUGCACCCUGUAGGCUGGUGUGCUACACGUGGCAAACCUCUUAUACCUCCUCGUAGUAUUGAAGAUAAAUAUACAGAUUGGAAAAAGUUUCUGGUCAAACAACUAACAGGAGCUCGUACUCUGCCAGCCAAUUUUUACAGUAAACUAAAUGAUAGUCAAGUUUCAAGAUUUUCUAUUGGUUCUAUCAUGGAAGUUGUUGACAAAAAUAGAAUAUCACAAGUAAAGGUAGCCAAUGUCUGUGAGAUAGUAGGCAAGAGAUUACACGUCAAGUAUUACGACAGUUCUCCAGAAGACAAUGGAUUUUGGUGUCAUGAAGAUUCCCCAUUGAUACAUCCAGUCGGUUGGGCGUUUCGCGUUGGUCACCCUCUAGAUGCACCACAGAGUUAUUGUCAGAGAGUUGCUGCUGGCAGAUACAUAGCAAGCGAUACCUGUACUGAUAUGUUUUACAAAUAUCCAACUAAUGAGCCUCCGUUAUUCGCUGAGGGUAUGAAGUUAGAGGCUAUAGAUCCAUUGAAUUUGUCUGCUGUUUGCGCUGCAACUGUAAUGCAAAUAUUGAACGAUGGAUAUAUGAUGAUAAGAAUAGAUUGUUAUCCGGCGGAUGCAACUGGUGCGGAUUGGUUCUGUUACCAUCAGAGAUCGCCGUGUAUAUUUCCAGUGGGCUUUGCGCUGGCUAAUAAUAUUCCCCUUGUGCCACCGUCUGGGUACACACCUGAAGAGUUCGGUUGGGAGCAAUACCUAUCAAUGACAGGCAGUAGAGCUGCGAGCCGUUCGUUAUUCGCGGCACGUGGCCACGUGGUCUCUCACGGUUUCGUUGCCGGUAUGCGUUUGGAAUGCGCCGACCUUAUGGAUCCGAGAUUGGUUUGUGUCGCAACCAUAGCCAGGGUAGUCGCGGAUUUAUUGAAAGUGCACUUCGACGGGUGGGGCGCGGAAUACGACCAGUGGUUGUGGGCCCACAGUACGGACAUGUACCCUGUGGGGUGGUGCCGCGCCGUCGGACAUCGACUGGAGGGGCCCCUGCAGCCGCCCCCGAGGCACGUGCGCCGAUUGCCGGCCAAGCCCGCGAGACGCAAGCGACGGCACCAACAAGUUGCUAAACCUACAACUCAACCGCCAAACACAACAGAAGAGAGUUCGCAAAAUUCAGACUUGGCUGACACAAAAAGUUUAUCGCCGCCAACUAGUGUUUCUGAGGUAUCUGCUGACACAGAGAGGACGGAUAAAGAAGAGACGUCCGCCAAGAUGGACGUAGAUACCGAUUCUAAGAUUAGCCACGAACCAGCGGAAGAGCUAGCCGAUGUCGCUCCCGAUUUUACGACUACACCCAUAGAUACAUCUCAAGAUUCCAAUCAAAAUAUUACGCCAUCUCCUCCCGAAACCCCCGAGGUGAGCGUUAACGAUAAAGUGAUACCUAGACUAGUCAAUACAUCAGUGCCCUUAGACGUUCUCAAUAAUGUGGAACCAGAAAAUUGGACCACAGCAGACGUAGCAAAGUUCCUCACAGUCAACGACUGUCAGCCUUACUGCGUCAACUUCAAUCAAAUAACUGGUCCAAUGAUGCUACAAUUGUCUAAAGACGAAAUCAUAGAACUGUUAGAAAUGAAAGUGGGUCCGUCUUUAAAGAUAUUCGACUUGAUACAACAGCUAAAGUGUAAAAUAAAACAACCACAGUGCAGAUUAUUGAGUAGCUUUAAGUAGUUGGCAUGAUUGCGUGUUGGACUUGAUAUUGAAUAUUAUGAAUAUGUGGCCUUUUAAUGUUUGCUACUGCAGUAUAAAGUUGCUCUUCAAUAAGUACUGCUUAGAUUUAACACGCUACAAUUUGUAAAGUUUUUGAAAAACUUUGUCAUUGUACUGUAACAGCGCUACUUAUAAACGUGGUAUAAAAUGAGCCUGUAAAUUUUACAAUUUAAUUAUAUUGUGACUAUAUUAAUAUUCAUCAAUGAAUUUAUUUUGAGCAAGUGAUAUUGUCUUGAAUGUGUUUUGAGGCAGCUCCUUAGGCUAUGACAAAAUGUAUAUUUGUCCAAUUUUUAUAAUUGCCUUGUUUUUUUUUUUAAUUAUGGCGUCUUCGCAAUAUAGGCGUUUAGGUUAUUAAUGAAGUGAUUCAGUUUGUGUGUUAUAGCAAUAACUAAUGGUGUAGUUUUUGAGCGUGUGUUGUAUAAGACCAGAAUAAAUAUUACAUUGUAACUGAGUAAUAAUUUAUUGGAACAUUUUUACUUCAGUUAUAUUAGGACUUAGCGUAUGAUGUAGCUCUGUAGGCGAAAGAAUUUUAAGUUUCAGUAGUUUCGGAGCCUAUUCUAUGCAAAGACAAUCAAUACUUACCUCUGUUAUAUUAGUAUAGAAAAAUGCGAGUAUAAUUUCUCAGGCAUCUGGUCUAACAGGAACAUAUUUUUACCAAAUACAAUAAUUUUCCUGUACUGGUCAACCAGAGCUGACAUGUACAAAAAAUGUGUAUGAAGUGUGAUUGAAAUAAUAGUGUUAAAUAUGGAUUAUUGUCUGUCAAUUUGAAAGCAAUGUAUUUAUUGAUACAUUUUUUUUAAAUAUAAUUGAAUACCCGUCUAAUCAUUCUUGUCAUAUCAGUAUACAUAUUAUUUUUCUAUUUUAACCUGCAUGAUUUUUUUUUAAAUAGAUACAGAUUAUAGAUGUUGCGGGUGUGGAUUUUUUAUAUUGUAAUUAGCUGUAGCUCAGACCUUCCCUAUGGAUGGAAUAGAAUGGGGAGAAUAUGCCAUAACUUAUCACGCGGACCCA